AUGCCAAAACGUCCACGAGAGAGUUCUCCUUCGGCCUUGUCUCCCAUAAAGCGGAGUCGGUCAACAAUAGCAACACCUAUUGAUCGGCUAUCUUCUUUAAGCAAUGAACUCCUACUGAAUAUCCUCUCCUUUCUCCCAAUAUCGUCAUUAAAUGGGGAGACUCCGAAUUAUGGAAAAGACAGUACUACUCGCAGUGGGUACGCCCUCGUGCUCGUCGUCUGGCUAAUCGGCAAUAUCGUCUGCGACACAAUUGGGCUAAAGGGUCUUGUCGAGUUACAGAAGUUGACUUUCUUGAGCCUCCAUGCCCCCCCUGUAUUGGUCAAACUUUGUGCUGGUAUUGUCUUCACUGCCGAUACUGUUCAUGGACUUAGAGCGUGGGCAGCAAACGACCCUACCAAGUGUUUGUCCAGGAUAUCAUUCUCGGAACUCCAUGACGCUCAUCCAACAGCCUUAGCAACCAGCCACCUGGAAAAUGAAUAUGAAAUUCUGAUUGGAUUUGAGAAUGGUCGCUUCAGUCGCUAUGUUUUGGAUGAUCAAAUAUCCCAGUUCAGCUUACGAUCCUCUCACGUUGGAUUUCGAGAUGGCGCCAUCACUGCUAUGGCUUUGUCAUCGCCAUACCUUUUGAUGGUCUCUCAACACAAGAAUCUGUCCCUUUACAAUAUUCGGCCACAAUCGAAAAAUUCCGAGAAAUCUCUACCUCUCGGGCCAUGUGAAAUCGCAUCGCUUCAAGCUGAAAACAUGGUUGCACCAAUGACUCUUUCUUUGCGUGUCUCUGCAUAUGAGAUUGUAGCAACCAUUGUCUAUAGCUUUUUUCACAUUGGCUGUGGCUGGUCGCUAGGAAUACAGGAGCUGCGGUUCAACAAAGAUGGUGAACAGCUGGAAUCUAGACUUACCAGCACAGUGGAUUCACAGUACGGUAUCAGACCUCUUGAAGGUCGUCUGUCAUCCAAUCAAAGGCGAUAUUCCGCUACGAUCCCUGCAGCUUCCCCUGUGACCCCCACAGAACCAUCCAUCCUGCACCUCCAGCCACCAACGUCUAUGUCUUAUUCCCACCCAUACCUACUGACUUCACAUGUCGACAACACAUUGACUAUGUAUUUGGUGGUCUCGAAAUCGAAGGAUCUUUUUGUUCGGGGUGGCCAGCGGCUCUGGGGUCACACUUCUUCAGUCUCUGCGGUCCAGGUUACGAACCGAGGCAAAGCAGUAUCGGUGAACUCCAUCGGCAAUGAGAUUCGAAUCUGGGAGCUUGAAACAGUGGUUUCUGCUCUAAGCAAUCAGCGGCCCCUAAAAGACGAGAGUAGUAUCCAGGUCAGUCCGGAUAAUCGCAAACCGGAAACUUACAUGACCAUGCCGCAAAUCAUUCGCCAAAGGAUCGCUGGGCCAGACCUUAUUCCCAAUUCGCCGGAAGAGCUCGGUCGCAUGUAUGAAUAUGUUGGAUUUGAUGAGGAGCGUGUGCUUUUACUGCGAGAGAAGGCCGUCGGCACCCAGUCGUUGGAAUGUUACGAUUUUACGUAG